AUGGGCGGAUGGAAGGGGCUGGGGCAGCGCCGGGGAAGCCGAGGAGCGGAGGAGCGGCGGCGGGUAGCCGAGAGGGGCGGCGGCGGCGCGACCCCCGCGCCGCGGAGCCCGGCCCGAGAGCCCCCUCCACCUUGCUGCCUGCUGCUCCCGCCGCCCCUGGGCGCCGCCAUGACGCCCGACCUGCUCAACUUCAAGAAGGGAUGGAUGUCAAUCUUGGACGAGCCUGGAGAGUGGAAGAAGCACUGGUUUGUGCUGACAGAUUCGAGCCUCAAGUAUUACAGAGACUCCACCGCUGAGGAGGCGGAUGAGCUGGAUGGCGAGAUCGACCUCCGCGCCUGCACGGACGUCACCGAGUACGCGGUGCAGCGCAACUAUGGCUUCCAGAUCCACACCAAGGGUGCUGUGUAUACUUUGUCGGCCAUGACCUCGGGCAUCCGGCGGAACUGGAUUGAGGCUCUGAGGAAGACCGUGCGUCCGACGUCAGCCCCGGAUGUCACCAAGCUCUCGGACUGCAAUAAGGAGAACACGCUGCACAGCUAUGGCACCCAGAAGGGCUCGCUGAAGGCCGGGGAGCAGCGGGGUGGCCCUCGCAAGGUGGACGGGCAGCGGCAGUCCCUGGACUAUGUGGAGCUCUCCCCGCUGACCCAGGGCUCCCCGCAGCGGGCCCGCGCCCCGGCCCGUGCCUCCGACCGCCCGGCCAAGCAGGAGGAGCUGGAGCGGGACCUGGCUCAGCGCUCCGAGGAGCGGCGCAAAUGGUUUGAGGCCUCGGACAGCAGGACCCCAGAGACGGCCACAGGGGAGGGGCCCCGCAGGGGCCUGGGCGCCCCCCUGACCGAGGACCAGCAGAGCCGGCUCAGCGAGGAGAUCGAGAAAAAGUGGCAGGAGCUGGAGAGGCUGCCCCUGCGCGAGAACAAGCGGGUGCCGCUCACGGCCCUGCUCACCCAGAGCCGCGCGGAGCGCCGGGGGGCCCCGGGCGACAGCCACGAGGCGCUGGAGAAGGAGGUCCAGUCUCUCCGUGCCCAGCUGGAGGCCUGGCGUCUCCGAGGGGAGGCCCCUCAGACUCCGCCCCGAUCCCAGGAGGACGCCCCCAUCCCGCCGGGUUACAUCUCACAGGAGGCGUGUGAGCGCAGCCUGGCGCAGAUGGAGUCCUCGCACCAGCAGGUGAUGGAGGAGCUGCAGCGGCACCACGAGCGGGAGCUGCAGCGGCUGCAGCAGGAGAAGGAGUGGCUCCUGGCCGAGGAGACGGCGGCCACGGCCUCAGCCAUUGAAGCCAUGAAGAAGGCCUACCAGGAGGAGCUGAGCCGGGAGCUGAGCAAAACCCGGUGUCUCCAGCAGGGCCCCGACGGCCUCCGGAAGCAGCACCAGUCGGACGUGGAGGCGCUGAAGCGGGAGCUGCAGGUGCUGUCGGAGCAGUACUCGCAGAAGUGCCUGGAGAUCGGCGCGCUGACGCGGCAGGCGGAGGAGCGCGAGCACACGCUGCGGCGUUGCCAGCAGGAGGGCCAGGAGCUGCUGCGCCACAACCAGGAGCUGCACUCCCGGCUGUCGGAGGAGAUCGACCGGCUGCGCAGCUUCAUCGCCUCCCAGGGCGCGGGCGGCUCUGGGCGCAAUGAGCGGAGCUCCUGUGAGCUGGAGGUGCUGCUGCGCGUGAAGGAGAAGGAGCUCCAGUACCUGAAGAAGGAGGUGCAGUGCCUGCGGGACGAGCUGCAGACGCUGCAGCAGGACAAGCGCUUCACCUCAGGGAAGUACCAGGACGUGUACGUGGAGCUGAACCACAUCAAGACGCGGUCAGAGCGGGAGAUCGAGCAGCUGAAGGAGCACCUGCGCCUCGCCAUGGCCGCCCUGCGGGAGAAGGAGGCGGCCUGCGGCAGCCUGGCCGAGUAGAGGUCCUGUGCUCCAGCUGAGCUGCAGACCCCGCAGCCCGAGGCCCGGCCGCCCUCCCUCCCAUGGGAUGGAAGGCAGAAGCCAAGCUUUCCUCCCCACCUGUGGGCCGCACGUGCACUCACAGCUGUCACACACACACACACACACACAUGCACACACACGCACAUACACAUGCACACACACACACACACUGCGUAUCUGAGCGCGCCCUCGCACUGGGUUUUACCUUGCACCUUCUCCAGGAUUUUAUAUGUGAAGAGAUUUUUAUAUAGAUUUGUCUCCCUUUUAUUUCCCAGAAACACUUUAUACUUUUUAAAAAAGCCAUUCCUGGUGGCUGUGUGCCUCCAUCGCUGGUCCCCUCUGUCUCCUCACUCCUCGCUUGGGCUUCUGGCUCAUGGCCCUGCCCCAAGGGUCUCUGGGAGGCCCAGGCAGCGGCCAUGCAAGUUGACAGGUGGCAGAGGCGGGGCCAGCGCCCCUCUUCCUACCCUACCUCCUACUAACUACUUCCUGUCCUGGUGGACCCGCCCCUUGGGACUCGCUGAGGGACAUCUGGACAGAGGGAGGCAGCCACUGUCCCCCACCCCCGCCACUUCCUCUGGGGGUGCAGGGUGUGGGGCUGCGGGCCCCGCCCGUGAAGGCCUCUCCCCGGGUCCUGGGGUCUUUGUUCACGUAAUAAAACGUUCUGGCAGCUCUGUGUCUGGAUGGCUGGGCAGGGCGCGUGGUGGCGGCUGGAGUUGCUUCCACUCCCGCACCCCAGCAGGGCCUUGACCCGUCCUGAGCCUGGGCUUGAGGGCGGAGCUGAGAAGCCAGGUCCUCCACGGGCAGGCAGGGACGCCGGGGGCACAGCAGCGGCAGGAAGCGUGGGAGAAAUGCCAGGCCCGGGUCCCUGAUGCCUCCCGAAUUGGAAUCCGCACUUGGACAGGCCCCUUGGAGAGCCGGGGCACUGGGCCCAGGCCUUGGAAAGAGGGCUGGAGCAUCGCUCUGAUGGUGACCUUGGGCAAGCUGUGUCCCCUCAGGUUCCGUUUGCUUCUCCAUCAAAUGGGUCGUUUUUUUUUGUUUUUUUUGUUUUUUUUUUUUUAAUUAUUUUUGACA